AUGCGUGAUGGAAACCCAGUACAAUUGUGGCCUUGCAAAUCUAAUACAGAUUGGAAUCAGUUAUGGAAUUUGAGAAAAGACAGCACUAUUCGAUCUAAUGGCAAGUGUUUGACCAUUUCCAAGUCCAGUCCAGGACAGCAGGUGGUGAUAUAUAAUUGCAAUACCGCUACAGUUGGUGCCACUCGUUGGCAAAUCUGGGACAAUCGAACCAUCAUAAAUCCCACAUCUGGUCUAGUUUUGGCAGCCACAUCAGGGAACAGUGGUACCAAACUUACAGUGCAAACCAACAUUUAUGUUGUUAGUCAAGGUUGGCUUCCUACUAAUAAUACACAACCUUUUGUGACAACCAUUGUUGGGCUAUAUGGUAUGUGCUUGCAAGCAAAUAGUGGAAAAGUAUGGUUAGAGGACUGUACCAGUGAAAAGGCUGAACAACAAUGGGCUCUUUAUGCAGAUGGUUCAAUACGUCCUCAGCAAAACCGCGAUAAUUGCCUUACAACUGAAGCUAAUAUAAAAGGAACAGUUGUCAAGAUCCUCUCUUGUGGCCCUGCAUCCUCUGGCCAACGAUGGAUGUUCAAGAAUGAUGGAACCAUUUUAAAUUUGUAUAAUGGAUUGGUGUUAGAUGUGAGGCGAUUGGAUCCGAGCCUUAAACAAAUCAUUGUUCACCCUUUCCAUGGAAACCUAAACCAAAUAUGGUUACCAUUAUUUUGAUAGACAGAUUACUCUCUUGCAGUGUGUAUGUCCUGCCAUGAAAAUAGAUGGCUUAAAUAAAAAGGACAUUGUAAAUUUUGUAACUGAAAGGACAGCAAGUUAUUGCAGUCCAGUAUCUAAUAAGAGCACAACUAUUGUCUUGUGCAUUCUAAA